AUGGCAUUAACACCAGUUGUUAAAGUGGUUGAUUUAUAUCGUCAUGAAUUGUUAGAUAAUGGUUUUGGUAUGCAAUGGAUGGAUGAUAAUGAUGAAAUUAAUUCAACGAAUUCAAAACAUUCAGUUAUUUCAGUUCGAUCUGUAUAUAAUAAUCACAAUACACGCCUUCCUGCACAUAUUUGGAGAUCACUUGCUAAGGUCAUACCCGGUGAUGUUGUUAUGGAAUUAAACGGUGUAAGCACUACGGGUCAAACAGUUGCUGAAUUUGAAAAAAAUUUAAAAUUAUCCGGUAAUCGAAUUCGCAUACGAUUAAAAUCAGACUACGGUGGUUAUACGUCGUCUAGUCUUGUUAAUCCAUCUUGGAAUUCUCCUUCAUCUUUUACAUCAUCAAUACAAACAACAGAAGAAGAUAAUCUAUCUGAUACAGAAUAUUAUCAACAAAAAAAAAACCUUAUACCAUUAACUAACGGUCAUUCAAUGACAAAUGGUUAUGUUCAAUAUAAUAAAUCAGAACGAAGUCGUUCAUGUGAAAAUAGUCUUGAUUCAUGUGGUCGUAAAUCAUCCGAGGAACUAACUAUAUCAUCAUCAUCAUUAAUUGAUUUACCAAUAUCAUCAUCAAAUCAUGCUGAUUAUGAUAAUCUUGCUAUUAUUAAUGGUAAUAAUGAUAUUAAUGUACAACUACUACCAACAGCAACAAUGCAACAAUCAAUAACAAGAAUGACAACACAAUCACCAAUAUCAUAUGAACUUGAUCAAAAAACAAAGGAUGCUAUUGAUGCAAGACUGCGUGAUAUUGAUGAUGAAUUUGAACUUAAUUUGCCAGUUACAUCGGAAACAGUCAAUAAAUCGGUUGAUCUUCCUUCAGCACGUCGAUUGGCUAAACGUCUUUAUACACUAGAUGGUUUUAAAUCAACUGAUGUUGUAAGACAUUUAUGUAAAAGGAAUGAUUUUAAUCAAUUAGUAGCUGAAGAAUAUGUUAAAUUAUUUGAUUUUCAAGGUGAUACACUUGAUCGUGCAUUAAGAAAAUUUGUUAAACAAUUUACAAUUAUCGGUGAAGCACAAGAUCGUGAACGUGUUUUACAUUUUUUUGCUGCUAGAUAUCUUGAUUGUAACCCAACCACAUUUACUUCUGUUGAUGCGUGUCAUAUGUUGACUUGUGCAAUUAUGUUGCUCAAUACGGAUCUUCAUGAUUCAAAAAUUACAAAUAAAAUGACAUUUCAACAAUUUAGUGAUAAUUUACAUGAAUUAAAUGAUGGUGUUGAUUUUUCGAAAGAUUUACUUAAAUCAUUAUACAAUGCAAUUAAAAAUGAACAACUUAUUGAUGAAACAACUCUUGCUUCGGAUGAUUAUACUGAUGUACGAUUAGGUGGACAAGGAACAUUACAUGGAUAUAGUAAUUGUGUUAAUCCAUUUUUAGAAAUUCCUGAUACAAGCAAAAGUAUUGAAUACAUGCAGGGCUAUGUCAUGAGAAAAUGUUGUGUGGAGCCGGAUGGAAAACGAACUCCAUUUAUGCGUCGUAGUUGGAAAGCAUAUUAUGCUUGUUUACGUGAUAUGGUUCUUUAUUUACAUAAAAAUGAUCAACAACCAGCAACAAUUUUAGUUGGUGAUACAAAUGCAAUACGUUUACAUCAUGCAUAUGCUGAAGAAGCUACUGAUUAUCGUAAACGUCAACAUGUAUUUCGUUUAAAAACAGCUGAUUGGGCUGAAUGUUUAUUUCAAACAAGUGAUCAUGAUUUAAUGAUAAAAUGGAUUGAUGCUAUUAAUUUAAUAGCAGCAUCAUUUUCAUCACCACCAUUACCAGCAGCUAUUGAUUCAUCAUCAAUACAUUUUCAACGACCCCUUUUACCUAGUGUACAAACACGUUAUUCUGUUUUUGAACAAUAUGAAUAUAUAAUUAAUCAAAUAAAUGAAAUAUCACGUCAGUUAAAUGAAUUAAAAUCUCAUUCAUAUACAACAAUUAAUAAUGAAAAUAAUAUUAAUACAAAUGGAGAUAUUAAACAACCGACAACAAUUAAAGCACAAGAUACAAUGGAACAUAAAGAUAAAUUUGAAUAUCUUGAAUAUGAAUUAAAACGAUAUGAAGCAUAUGCUGAUCGUCUUCGACGACAUUUUCAACAAUUACAAUUAGAUUAUUCAUAUCUCAAAACAAAUACUAAUGAACAACAGGAUUCACAACAACAUAAUUUUAUAGGACCUAUUGAAGCCUUAUCAGGUGUACAUAAUACUCAACAACAAACUUUUCCUCAGCAUCAAAUUUUGCCUACACGAACAACAUCAACAGUUGCUUAUAAAAAGGUUUCACAAUCGCCUAAUAUAAACUUGACAAAUUCUAAUCGUUAUAGUUAUAUGAUGGCUGUUAAUACACAUCCAGUUGCAAUGAAAGAACAUCGAUUAUGA